CUGCCUCAAAAAAACGCGACUCUCUUUCUCUCUCUAGAUAGCCGAAAUCCAAAAACGGAUCCGAAACAAAAUCUGGCCCUCAAAAUUUUAAAAACUCACAAUUUUACCCCCAAACAGAAAAAAACCCUAACCCUAGCCGCCCCUGUACCAGAACACAGACAAACAGGAAUUUGUAUAAUCUUUGUGCAUUUCUAUCGUUUCUUGAUGAAUAUUUUGGUUUCUGGAGAGGAGGAAUUGAAUCUGUUGGUUUAAUUUUGAUUUGCUUUCAUAGGAUUAGGUUAGGGUUUGUAGAAAAUGGAAUGCUGCGGGGUUGGUGGUGAUGGAAGUUGGUUUUGGAGGCGAUGACUGACGGUGGCGGCAGAUGUCAGAGGCGAAGGAAAACCAUGGCUGGUGGUAGGGGUGCCCAAGCCACCACCGAAUCGAAAAAACAAGAUAGUAAAAAUUGCCCUAAUUUGGUACCAAAAUUUACCGAAAAGCCCUCGAGUCCCAAGAAAAUUAGGAAACUACACCCGUCCCCCAUAAUUGAAUCAGAUUUCUACACUCAAGCUCUUAAAGCUCUCUCUUUCCGCUCUCCCUUUGAUUCUGAGGUCUAUCAGGCUCCUUUAGCUUCUAUCUCGGGUGCUAAUACUCUUCCCAGUGGGGUGUCUCAUUUCUUAAACAGACACUGGGAUAGCCGGAAAAGGCAAAAGAAGUCUCAAUUGGGUUCGGAAAAGAAGUCGUCCUUCUCGGGGAGGCCGCGUGGAGUUAACUUUUGGAUUGAGACCGAGGAGUAUUUUCGUGAACUGAAUGUGGAGGACGUCGAGAGGCUCCACGAGGUUUCAAAUGUCAGGUUUUCUGGCGACGAGAAGUUCUUCUUUGUUCCUUCUUUGUAUAGUAAUGACAGUGUGCGCACUCGAUAUGAAAUUUACAACGGUAUGCUUGCAAGUGCUUGUCAAAAUAAUAGUUCUAGUUCAGCAAAUGGAUAUGAAAUGGAUCAUGAUGGAAAGGAUGAGGUUGAAGGAAUAGUGAAAGCGGAGAAUGAUCCAAAUAUUGUGGAUGUCAAUAGUGUUGGUGGAGAAAAUACUGAGUCCACUAGUAAAGAAGAAAAAGGAGACAAUAGUGAAAAGGAUUUUUCAUCUUUUAGUGGAAUAGAAUGGCUUUUAGGAUCUACUAGUAAGAUUUAUUUGGCUUCGGAGCGGCCCUCUAAGAAACGGAAGCUUUUAGGCAGAGAUGCAGGGUUGGAGAAGCUUCUUGUGGCUCAUCCGGUUGAAGGGUCUGAUUCAUUAUGUCAUUAUUGUAGUUUUGGCGACACAGGCAACCAGUUGAAUUGCUUGAUUAAGUGUAGUUCUUGUGCCAUGGUGGUCCAUCAGAGGUGUUAUGGUGUUCAGGAAGAUGUUGAUAGUUCUUGGUUGUGUGCAUGGUGUAAGUGGAAGAAUGAGGUGGGGGUCAGUAGUGAGAGGCCGUGUUUGCUUUGUUCAAAGCAAGGUGGUGCUUUGAAGCCUGUGCAAAAACGAGGCUUCACUAGUGAGAGCGGGGGGUCCGAGUUUCAGUUUGCUCACUUGUUUUGUUGCCAGUGGAUGCCUGAGUUUUAUUUGGAGAACACUAGGACAAUGGAGCCAAUAUUGAAUCUUGAUGAAUUGAAGGACACUCGAAGGAAGUUAAUUUGUUAUUUGUGCAAGGUUAAGUGUGGUGCCUGUGUUCGGUGCAGUAAUGGAGCUUGUAGAACUUCUUUCCAUCCUAUAUGUGCAAGGGAGGCAAGACACAGAAUGGAGAUAUGGGGUAAACUUGGAUUUGAUGAGGUUGAAUUGCGUGCAUUUUGCUCGAAGCAUUCAGAUGUUCAGAAUGACAGUGGAGCUCAACAGACUGGAGAUGUUUCGUUGGCAGUUGAUUCUGUCUGCAACGUCAAUAUGCAUCAACAGAUGGCAUCGAUAGCAAAUGAGCCUCACAAGUUAAAAAUUAGCCAAAGUAAUAGUGCUAAAUUGGCCGUUCACGUUAGAACAUCUGAUGCGGAUCUCGGCAAGCUGGAUGGUAAUAUACUGCACGAAGAAUUGUUAGAUAAUAGGUCAAAUGCCAAAUCUCAGCCAGAAAGUGGGGAUGCACAACACCCUAUAGAUAAUGAUCCAUUGGCUAGGAUCGAAAAUGAAGAUGUCAAUGCUAGUGAUUCUCUGAAUUUUAUCAGGAUAUUGAAGAAGUUAACCGAUCUGGGCAAAGUUGAUGUAAGAAACGUGGCUUCAGAGAUUGGUGUAUCGCCUGAUUUAUUGAGCAAAAUAUUCAUUGAUAAUCACAUUGUUCCUGAGUUGCACUGUAAAGUAAUAAAAUGGAUGAGAAAUCAUGCCUAUAUUAGCAGCUUUCAGAGAACUCUGAAAGUCCCUGUUAAAUCCGUUCCACCUCGAAGACGAACCAAAAGCAAUUUUCGGAUUGUGAAUGAUGAGAAGCUAAGCUUUUCUAAGGAAAAGAUUAACGACGAUGGAAUAAUAAUGGCUGGUGUGGAAAAUGGCCUUCUUGAUGGGGAAGACUCUAUUGGUCCAGGCCUGGAGUCUGUUCUUGAUGGAACCAAGAAGAUCACAGUUAUUCCAGUGCAGGACCAAGACAAUCCAGCAAAUGGUUCUCUUAAAAUUGAAGAUGAGCCGUCAAAAGCUUUGACCCAAAUUCUUACUGAUGAUUGUCAUGUUGGGGGGCCCUCAGCAACUGAGCAGAAUACUCUUGCAAGUUCUGAUACGGAGAAUAAUCGUUCAAUCUUGCUGAUAAAUUGGGAAGCUAUGUCCAAUUCUUACAUACACCCAUUUAUAUACGGCAAAUUGAUGCAAAUAAAAAAGGGGUUGCUAUCCCAAGCUGCACUUAAUGAGUCUGAUUGGUUAGGAGAAAGAGAAGUUCCACAGUUAGAAGCAUCAUCUAGUUCAGGCCUUUGUUGUAAUAAUCACAAUCUACAUUCAACUUGUGGCGAUCAGCCUAUCAAGUGCGAUGGAGUAAAUCUUGAUCAGUUGGUCAAGGCGAGAAAUGUGGGUCUCCUAAAACUGUCUCCAGAAGAUGAAGUGGAAGGAGAACUUAUCUAUCAUCAGCACGGACUUCUUUGCAAUGCUGUUGCCAGGAAACACUUUAGUGAUGAUUUGAUACGUAAGGUUGUUAGGAGUCUUCCACAGGAGAUUGAUGCAGCAGGAAAACGAAAAUGGGAUGAUGUGUGCGCUAGUCAGUAUCACUAUGAGCUUAGGGAAGCAAAAAAACUGGGAAGAAAAGAAAGACGGCAUAAGGAAGCUCAGGCUGUAUUGGCUGCUGCAACAGCUGCAGCUGCAGCUUCCUCUAGGUUAUCAUCUAUUAGAAAAGAUGCCCUAGAAGAACCUGCACAGCAGCAGGAUCUUCUGAAGAUGAGUGCAUCUUAUGGAAGGUCCACGUUAUACUCUCAGCUGAAUCCUCGAGUGAAAGAGAUUUUUUCAAGAUCCGCUGUUGCAAGGCCAUCAUCAGAUACGAACUCUGAUAUUUUUCAGUCAGCUCCAGACUUUUCCAGAGAACAUCCUCGGACGUGUGACAUCUGCAGUCGGUCUGAGACAUUUCUCAAUCCUAUUCUAGUCUGUUCGAAAUGCAAGGUUGCAGUUCACUUAGAUUGUUAUUGUAGCAUCAAAAGCUCAACGGGGCCAUGGCAUUGUGAAUUAUGUGAGAACUUGUUUUCUUCUCGAAGCUCUGGACCUGCAAGUGCUAAUUCCUGGGAGAAGCCUUACUUUGUUGCCGAAUGUGGUUUAUGUGGUGGGACUGCAGGUGCUUUUAGAAAGUCAGUUGAUGGUCAAUGGAUUCACGCGUUCUGUGCUGAAUGGGUGUUAGAUUCAACAUUUAGAAGGGGUCAAGUAAAUCCUAUCGAGGGAAUGGAGACAGUGUGCAAGGGGAGUGAACGGUGCAUUGUGUGCCUUCGGAAACAUGGUGUCUGCCUUAAGUGUAGUUACGGUCACUGUCAGAGCACAUUCCAUCCUACUUGUGCUAGAAGUGCUGGUUUCUACAUGAAUGUGAGGACUGAUGGAGGCAAGUUGCAGCACAAGGCUUAUUGUGAAAAACAUAGCAUGGAACAGAGAUCGAAGGCUGACAUUCAGAGGUAUGGAGUUGAAGAAUUUAAGGGUCUUAAACAAAUCAGGGUUGAAUUGGAAAGAUUGCGUCUUCUAUGUGAAAGAAUUGUCAAACGAGAGAAAUUGAAACGUGAAUUGGCUCUUUGUUCUCAUGGUAUUCUUGCUUCAAGUCGAGACACUGUUCUGUCUGCUUUGGCUCGUCAUCCUUUUUAUCAACCUGAUGUUAGUUCAGAAUCUGCUACAACCUCAAUCAAGGGUUAUACCACCGAUGACUACAAACCAGGAAGUGAAAUAGUGCAAAUAGCAGAUGACAUGACAGUAGAUAGCACUACUUCAGGUAAAAGGCGAGUUAAGCUUUCCAUGUUCACGGACAAUGACGGAAAAACAGAUGACAGUUCUACAUCCCAAAACCUUUCGACGCCAAAGCCUAUUGAGAGGAUUUCAUUUUCUGGGAAGCAAAUUCCGCAGAGACUUUCUGUUGCAUCAAGGAAUGUUUCGGAUGACACGGAAAAGCGUUCAAAAUAUAGAAAAUACUUUAAAUAAUGCAGCAUACUGAAACUUUGGCAAAAGAGUUGGUGAUGACAUCAGAUCAAGCAUCUAUGAAGAAUCAGCGGCUACCUAAAGGAUUUGUUUAUGUUCCAAUUCGGUCCCUUCCUAAGGACAAGGAGACAACUCCAGAUUUGAGUUCGCAGGAACCAGUUGAACAAAAUGGAUAGCUCGAUUCUUUGAAAUCCCAGAUGCAUUUCUGGAUGUUGGGAAAUUCCCAUUGUGGAAUGUUCUCUUUCUUGGCACUAACAUGUACUGUGCUCGAGAAUGGCUGGCCUCCCUCGUCUUGACGGGGAAUGUUGUACAUGCGUUGUCUGAGGACGUACACUGUACAGUGGGUUAGGGAAGUAUUGCCAUUGCAUGUAUCUCAAUUUGCUCUAGUUAGGUUGCUUUUUACCGAAAUUUUUGUUUCUUUAUUUUCCUUGCUGGAAAAGGCAAUUGAAGCUAUGCUUGUAAUUGUAUAAAUCUGUGGGAAGGUAUUGCCGCCUCCCGGGCUUUGUAAAGUCAGUGUAAAUAUGAACUUAUAUGUCAACAUUUGAAAAGAAUUGGCUCAGCAGAAAAUUGAUGGUAGAGUAAACAUCAUUGUUAGCCGUUUG